AAGAUAAGAGCGUGUCAUAUAUAUUUAUGAACAGUUUUCAAUAAGACGGUGUGAUGUUAUUAUUGGAUCACUAAAUAUCUGAUGGGCUUUGUUUAAUGAGGCGGUAGCUUUACCUAUAAAAGCUACUUUUAACCGUGUUUGAGCUUAUGGACACUGUGUUCCACAGCCUAAACGAUGCCAGAGACAUCCUUAGCUGUGCCACCGUCUGUUCUUCUUGGAGAUAUUCUUCUUCAGCCGUGUACAGUAGCAAUUUUUUCAGGUAACGAUCAGAGAUGGAUUUGCGGAAGCACAGGAGGGUGCUUGUUAACCCUCAAUGUUUCUUUCCACUUCGAGGUAAGUUUACACAACCCAUUUACUAACACCGUUGUUUCUCUGCCACCGUUGAUAUCUUUUGAGGAUGUUCAGCGGUUGCUUCAGUUCCAAGCCAUCUCUCCGCACUCUGGAGCCCUAACCCUAAUAAAGGAGUUUGUAAAGAAGGCAGUCGCUUCUAAAAGUUUAUUAGACUCUGACUGGGUUGUGCUCAUAAUCUACAGCACCGAUGGAGGAAAACUAGGGUUCUGCAGACGGGGAGAUAAACAAUGGACGGGGUUAGAGUCUGCUGAUCACAUCGAUGACAUUGUGUUCUGUAAUGGUGUCUUCUUAGCCAUGGACAGAACUGGAGUGAUAUAUCAGUGUGAACUUAACCCUAACGAUCCAAAGGCUGUCCCUUUAUGCACGGCCUCGCCGUUUCGGUACGAUCCUUGCAAGAAAUACUUUGCAGAGUCGGACAACGGCAAACUGUGGGUGGUUCUACAGAAGCUAGACGUUAGCGAAGAUUUUGAUUUCACAACGUAUUUCGAGAUUUACGAGUUUAACUCAGAGACGAAAGAGUGGACUACGGUGAGAAGCCUGAGAGGAAAAGCAUUGUUCUUGAGCCCUCAAGGUAGAUGUGUAGCGGUUUUAGCAGGUGAAGCCGGAACUGGAGGGUUCGUCAAAGACGAUUCCAUUUACUUCAUCGAUGGGAGUCCAAGUCUUGGGCCAUUGAAUCUGAGCGUUUUUGAAUGGGAGAGUAAGCAAGUCAAGAAGCUUCUUCACCAGUCAAGAUAUUGUAGUCUUAUGUUCUGGGUGACACCUGCAGAUGUUCUUCAAAGAUAGACUGACGCAUUUUGGGGUUUAUAGUUUUCUUUAUUACGUAGUAAAGGUUUUGUAUCUUUCUUCCAGUUUUGAUUCUUGAUUGUACAUUAGAUUUGUAACAAAAAUACAAGUUCUCUGCAGCUUUUUCAUAACUAUCAAGAAGCUUUUCUCAA